AUGAUCAACACCUUUGAUAUUGACCUUUAACGAAUAGAUCCUACCUAAUAUUAAGAUAAUCUGAUUCUGGAGAGGAAUGAUAGCUAGCUAUUCUAGUGUCCAAUUUUAGGUUUUAAUGAGACAAGAAAUGUCCAAUCCUUUACUUUCGAUGAUAUGGUCGUAGACUAUAUCUAGGAAUGUAAUAAAGAUCUUUCUCAACCUAAAUAUAAAAUUCAUAAUCCUGUGGCUCAGGACCCUAUAUCUAAAUUAGAAUAACAAGAAGAGCAAUUGAACUAAGAAUUCGACUAUUUCUCAUUAGAUUUGGACCUAAUAAAGACAAAUGCUGCAAGCCGAAUUGAAUCUUGUCAAUCUCUAGACAACCCAAAGCUAUAAUUUUAAUCGAAUCUAGAUAUCAAUCAGUUCUUUAAUGAUGUUACCACAGAAUAAAUAGAAAAUUAACUAUAUUUAGAAGAUAAUAAAUCAGAAGAAAACCUAGUUUAAGAUUAAUAAUAGGAAUAUGAAGUUCGUAUGAUAUCUGAGGAAGAACUUAAGAGGCGUAGAAAUCAAAAAGUGAGAAAAUCUAAAGAGGUUUAUAAAAUCUUUAAUAGUCAUUAUAAAAAGGAUUAGAAUUGGUCUAGGGAACUAAUAAUUGAGCUUGCACUGCGCUUGAACCUUAGUACUCAGUAGGUAUAUAAAUGGAACUGGGAUAAAAAGAAAAGAGACAAUAAAAAGAGUAAAAAUUAAAAGCUAAAGCAGAGAUAAAGUAUCUGA